AUGCUGCUGGGCCCCUGGCUGCUGGCGGCGGCGGCGGCGGUGGCGGCGGCGGGCGCGGGCUGCCCGGUGCUGUGCAGCUGCCGCGGGCAGGCGGUGGACUGCAGCGGGCAGCGGCUCUUCUCCGUGCCCCCCGAGCUGCCGCUGGACACCGGCAACCUGAGCCUGGCCCACAACCGCAUCGCCAGCAUCCCGCCGGGCUACCUGGGCUGCUACGGGCAGCUGCGCGCCCUCGACCUGCGCAACAACUCGCUGGCGGCGCUGCCGGCCGGGCUGUUCCGCGGCGCCCGGCGCCUGGCGCACCUGGACCUCAGCUACAACAACUUCAGCCUGGUGCCCGCCGACAUGUUCCGCGAGGCCAGCGCGCUGCUGCGCCUCGACCUCAGCCACAACCCGGGGCUGCGCCGCGUCCACCCCCAGGCCUUCCGCGGCCUGGCCCAGCUGCGCGAGCUGGACCUCAGCUACGGCGGCCUGGCCGCCCUCAGCCUCGACGCCCUGGAGGGGCUGCCCGGCCUCGUGGGGCUGCGCCUGGGGGGAAACCCCUGGCUCUGCGGUUGUGCCAUGGAGCCCCUCCUCAAGUGGCUGCGGGGGCGCAUCCAGCGCUGCUCCUCGGAUUCGCAGCAGGCGGAGUGCUGGGCUCCCCCGGAGGUGGCGGGGGCCCCGCUGCUGUCGCUGACAGAGGAGAGCUUCCAGGCCUGCCACCUCACGCUGACCCUCGACGACUAUCUCUUCAUCGCCUUCGUUGGCUUUGUCGUCUCCAUCGCCUCGGUGGCCACCAACUUCCUGCUGGGCAUCACGGCCAACUGCUGCCACCGCUGGAGCAAGGCCAGCGAGGACGAGGAUGUUUAG